AUGGGUUUAGCAUUAAAUAAUACUGAUCUAAUAACAAAAUUAAAUAAAACUGUAUGGCACAGUAGUCCCAAAAAAAAUUCUCAACAUUAUAAAAGUUUUACAUUUUUUCAAAUUAUUGAAAUUUGUCUUUUAAUUUUAAUUUUAUUGGAACAUACAUUUGUAUUUAUAGUAACAUUUCAAAAGAAAUCAUCGAAAAAAUCUUCAAAUGAACAAAAUCAAUGUUUAUUACUUUUACCAUCGAAAACUUUACUUUAUUGUUGUUUACAUCGUAAUUGGAUACGUGCAUUUUCAUUUACAAAUAUGUGUCUUUCAAUUGUUUAUUUUAUAAAAUUAUUAUUAAAACAUUAUCAUCCAAAUCUUGUUCAUCAUUCAUCAAUUACAUUUUAUUCACUACCAUUAAAUCUUUUACAACAAAUCUUAAUGAAUUUUAGCACAUUUCAUUUAUUUAUUAUUUCAAUCAGUGUACUUCAAUAUUUUCUUCGUUAUUAUUGUUUAAGAAAAAAUACAUAUUCAAGUUAUUUUUUUAAUGGCCAAAGUCUUUUAUUAACAAAACAUACAAAUGUAGCCUUAAUAUUAAGUGGUUCGUUAGCACUUAUAUUCGCGUAUAAUUUCAUAUUUUAUACACCAAAACAUCCACAAACAAUAACAUUAUUACCUUUAGUAACAUUUAAUAUGAUAUUAUUACCAUUAAUAAAUUUCAUCAUAUUUUCAUUUAUUUUCAUAUGUUUAAUUUUAAAUAUUUCAUUUAAAUCUAAACUUGAUUAUUUACAAGUUGAUAAUGAACAAGAAAAUUUACGUUUAAUGGUUGAAAAGAAAACUUGUAUUAAAUGUUAUUCAAAAAUUUUAAGAAAAAAUUCCAAUUUAUUUCAAGAUAAUAAUUAUUCAUAUAGACAUUUAUAUAAACAUUUUUUUCCAACAGGUGUACGUCCAUCAUAUCCAUUUCAAACCAAAUCUAUUUAUCUUACAAAUAAUAAACCAGAUUAUUCUCAAACAGAUUUUUCUUAUCAACACCAAAAAGAUUUAGAAAAUAAUUCAACAAAUAGUUUAUCGAUUAAAACAACAUUAAUUCAAUUAAAACAACAACAUUCAUUAUGUCAUAUAUGUCAUUGUUUAUUAUUAAUAUUUCUCUUUAAAUAUAUUUUAUUCACAUUUCCACAAUAUAUUCUUCAAAUGUUAUUUCAUUUAAAACAAUUUUAUCAAUUAUUUUUUAAACAUAAUCUAUCAAAUAAUAUAACAUAUUCAUUAUAUGAAGAUCAUGAACUUCUAUUACGAAUAUGUCAUUAUUUAUUUUUAUUAUCAAGAUUUGGUGAUAGUUUUCUAUUAAUACGUAUAUCAUAUAUUAUAAAAAAAUAUUUUCCAUGUUGGUGUCAUUUUAAUUCGAAAUUAUUACGUAAACAAGAAUUAUCACAUCAAAUAUUAACAAUGAAAACAUCCGUAUCAUCAAAUAAUGAAGGAAUAUCUGCUGGAGAUCUAUCAAAUUCAAAUGAAUCACCCAAUGAAAUCAAACAACAAGAAUUAAUUGAAAAUACACAUUGGAAAAGAGGACAUCGUCGAUUUCGUUUACGAUUUCAAUUUAUUCCAUUAUGGUCAAAUCAUCGACCAAGAUUAUUUAAAGAAAUUAUUUGA